AUGCGGAACUCUCCUCCGAAGCAGCAGCUGUUGACCAGCACGCUAUCUCCUGCUCCUCGCCAUGCGGAAGACGUUGCUAUGAAAGCGCCGGUCACGGCGGCAGGGCAAGUGAUGCAGGCCUACAAGGACAUCCAUGGGGAUGAGGUCGCAAGGCAAGUAGAAGAAGCAGCUCCUCUUCCUCCUCCCCUGCUCCAGGCACGUACACAUGCUCGCGUGUGUUCGGGUGGGAACUGGAGCGGACCUGAGCUUUCAGCCUGUUCCUCCCCAGCAGCAGUGCCAUCCGCUGCAGAGAGGGUCGUGUGUCGGGGUCUGGCAGCAGUAGCGCUGAUGAUGGCGAGGAGGAUUGUUGAGGGUCUGGACGGGUCGGAGGACCUCAGGCUGUCACAGGAGCUGCUCGAUCCCAGGGCGAUCUCAGGUGUUAGGAGACACAACAGGGAGGAGCGAGAGCCUGCGAGCGCCACGGCGGCAGAGGCCCGGGGGCAACUGAUGGGAGGGAGAUCAAGAGGCAGAAAGGGAGAUGAGGAGGAGAUGAGGAAGGGGAUCCAAGAGAUGAGGGCGAGCAUCGAAGAUCAUGUGAAGCACGCUUAUCUCACGAUUCUGAGAAGAGAAGCUGAUCCUGGGGGCUUGGCAAGCUACACAGACCACCUGCUAGUGGGCGACAUGGACGUCGAGGGCCUUGAACAGCUGCUGAAGGACAGCGACGAGUUCAAGACGAUGAAGAAGAGGAGUUCCGAGCAGAGCGUCAGAGAACAGCUGAUACACUCUCUGUCCGACAUGAUCCAACACUCGAGAUGUCUCGAUGAGAUGCCUCGACUCCUGACGAGCCAGUCAAGCUCUUCCACUGUUGGCAGAUGUCCAGACUCAAAGGGUUAUCCUCUCUGGAUGUACAAGAGAUUGCUCGUGGUGUUUGUCAAAGAAGCCACUUCGCACGAAGUGAUCGGUCUGUCGAAUCGAACUAUCACCACAACCCUUGACGCGAUUCGACUUGUCGACAACUCAUACAAAGAGAUUCUCGGGCGAUGGGACUCGCUGAGGAGGAGCAGCGAGCGGAAGAGCCUGGAGGUGGCGGGCAGGAAGACCGUCGACCACUCCAAGAGCAAGGCCAUGCUCAAGAGAGUCAUCCAGCAGUUCUGCCCGUCUCAGUUGAAUGAGCAAGAAGAAAGAAACCGUCCCCUGCGGGCGCUUCAGGAGAUCUGGAAUCAGCAUUCCCCAUACAUCUUCAACAAGCUGCCGACCAGCUUCUCAUGGAAGGGGGGGAAGAACUUCUUCAUUCCCAUCGCCAUGUACGUCUACGACAGGCCCAACUAUCUUUCUUCCGUCCUCAACGCUCUGCGGAGGGUGCGAGGCAUUCACGACGUGCUUCUGAUCGUCAGCCUCGACAAGCCCUCACAGGAGAUCUUCGACGUGCUCCUCUCCGUCGACUUCUGCACCCUCCGAAUUUUCUUCCAUCCCUCCACCGAGCCAGCCAUCGGAGGCGUCGGGGGAAGGGGCUCGGACGGCGUGCUGGUCAUUAAGGAGCACUGGAUCUUCCUCCUCCGCGCUGUCUUCUCAAUGCUCCCCGAGCUCAGCGACUACAAGCGAGACGUCCUGCUCCUCGAGGAAGACCACGUGCCCACCCCGGACGCUCUCCUGACGCUGCAAGCUCUGCUGAAGAUUCGCGAUCGCUGCGACGGCUGCUGGGGGGUCUACCUCAAGUUCGGCUGCGAGCGGGAGGAGAAGGAGGAGGACGAGAGGAAGGCGUGCAGGGUGAAGUGGUUCGUCAACACGGGCCUCGCCUUCAACCGCAGCGUCUUCCAUUCCAUCCUCAACAGUGACUUCCUCGACUUCCGAGACGGCUGGGACUGGAGCAUCUACCACCUCAUCCAGACGCGGCAGCUCCUCCCCUGCCAGCCCUCCUGCACGCCCCACAUGGUCGCUCCUGCCGUCUCAAGGAUCUCCAACAUCGGCAGGUCCGGGGUGACAGUCAGGGAGGACGAUGCGAAGCUCCUGCAGCAGCUCAACUAUCGAACAGUCAGCAUGGACCUGCUGGACAAGGGCUUCAACGCCAGCAGCAUCGCCCUCUCCCCCUACUUCGGGCAUGCUGGGCCUCCGGACGAACCCCUCUACUUCGGCAUGGACGAGAAGCAUCUGGGAUGA